AUGUCUACCAUUAAUAUCACCUCCAAGGAGCAUUUCGACAACCUGAUCCGGUCAUCCAAGGUUGUCGUAGCUGACUUCUAUGCCGAGUGGUGCGGUCCAUGCAAGCAGAUUGCUCCCCUGUACGAGACGCUCGCCAAGUCACUCUCCCGCCCUGGCGCCGUCACCUUUGUCAAGGUCGACACCGACAAGCAGACAAGCAUUGCUAAGGAAUACAGCGUCGCUGCCCUGCCCACAUUCCUCGUCUUCCGCAAUGGAAAGGUUGACCAAAAGGUCCAGGGUGCGAACCCCGUCCAACUCAAGAAAGUCGUCGAGAAGCUCGCCGCCGAUGUCCAGGCCCUAGAAGACGGCUCCUCCGGCUCCGGCGGUUGGACUGGUGCCGACCUGCCCAAGGGCUACAGUGAUAUUACCGAUCAGAUUGAGAUCCGCGGUUGCGAGCUCCUCAACGCCGACGACGACGCCGGCCCCGUCAGGGUCCUCUUUGAUGGUGCCAAGCCGACGGCCCUCAGCAAGGAUGGCAAGGCCUCGUCCUCGGAAAAGGACUGGGUUCAGAGCGGUGCUGAUGAUCAGCUGCUCCUAUUCAUUCCCUUUCAGUCUACAAUCAAGCUGCACACAUUGCAGAUCACGUCGGUUCCUACCGAAGGUGGAGAUGACGCGCCAGCCAGGCCUGGCGUUAUCCACCUCUACAUCAACCGCACACAGAACAUGGACUUCAACGAGGCCGACGAGACGGAUCCCACACAGGCCAUCGAGAUUGGCCCCGACGACUGGAACGCCAACGGUACCGCUAGCAUCCCCCUGCGCUUCGUUAAGUUUCAGAAGACGACAACACUCGUUAUAUACGUCCAAAGGGGCGACGGCGAAGCGGAGACGGUGCGCCUCGACAGGGUCAGGCUAAUUGGCGACGCCGGUCAGAAGCGAGAGAUGGGCACACUGAAGAAAGUUGGCGACGACGAAUAG